AUGACCGAUAUCCAGACACUUACUCUCUCCGCACGCGCUGCCUUCAUCGCCUGGCGCCUGGUGACGAACCCCUGGUUCGUCAUGCAACGCACCGUCCAGCGAAUCCUAGACAUCGACGAUCCGCCCCGUCAAACCGCGCGCCUUGUCCGCUGGCAGGCGGAUAAGAAGGUCGAGUAUCAGUAUGUUGGGGUCGUGGGCUCCCUCGUCGCAUCCUCCGUCUCCGGCUCUCUGCAAUGGGCAAUUUCCAGCUCGGAAAAUACAUUCUGGCUCGUUUUGGCGUUCUGGUAUGGGGCGCUGGCGCUAACGCUGUUCUGCGUUAUUGGGGCGUUUUACACAAGUAUUUUGGUGUCGAGUUUUGAUUUGCGCGACGAUGGUAAUGGGGAUGUCGAGCGGCUCCUACUUUCUCUUCGCGGACAGGCCAGAAAUGACGAGGACGGUGGGGGCAUGAAUGGGCCGCCUAGACGGCGGAUGCUCUUUGUCCUCCAAGCACCGAUUAUGUUGCUCAGUUAUUCGAUCUUGUCGUAUCUCGUGGGGCUACUGCUGUGGAUUGUGGCGCCGCUUUGGCGCGUGGGGGUCUUUGAGAAUGGGCAGCUUUGGGUGAGUUUAGUCCAUUACUCUGUUGUUCAGUAUGAACGGAUCAAGGAGAAGUAUACUAAUGGAAUUGGCUGCGUGUAG